GCUGCUGCUGCUGCAUCUGCCUCUUGUCGCCUUGCUGCCGCUCCGGCUGCUGCUGCCGCUGCUGCGUCUUCGCUUGCUGCUGCUGUUACGCUGCGGCGGGUUGCGGCCUCAGCAGUAGCCGCAGCAGCAACAGCGAUGUGUUCUUGUCGUCUCAACUCUUCGCUGUCUCCACACACGAAUCUAAAGGUACAAGUAUGUGCAGGAGAAAUCAAGGUUUCCGCCAAAUCUAGAGGGCUGUCUGUUAGGCUCAACAUUCAUUCCAAAGCAAUGAAUUUUGUCCUCUGGGCAUUUAGCGGAGUCUCUGCGUACAAACGCGCUGGCACAAGAACAGGAAAAUCAAAGGUCUUCGUCAUACCUACAAGUUUGUUCGUGCGUAACCAUGAGGAUAAAGUGAGCCCCACCCUAGUUUCUGCGUAUUUAAUGAGGCUUCGUUGGGCGGAGAGUGCGAGACAGACCGCAGAGUAA